GUAGCAGGAGUGCCAAAAUGCCACAGUAGCUUGGACCAGUUACAAUGUCACUUAGGGACUUCAAAGUUCCAAACCCUAUAAGUGCAGGCGCUAAAAGGACGGAUCGAAUUGCGAAGAGGAAAAACCCGAAUCAAGUUAGAGUGCGUGUGCGACCUCGCAUUGAACAAAGCAACACUCAACAGGAAGUAGGCCACCACCAGCUAGAAGAUGAUGAGGGAGAGCAACAUGCUAACGUGGAAAUGCAUAUGGGCGCUUCAGCAGCGGAUCCGCUGCCGCAUGUGCACAGCGAGUCCGAUGAUGAAGACACCGAGCAAGGCGACGACGCAUCAGUGGACGUUGCAGCUCAGGUCAGGGUCCGAAAGGCGUUCUUAAAGCACUACGCCUCGGGGGCAGACAGCCGCAGCCGCCUCCUCGACAGUGCCGCCGACACGCUGCGGGCGUUGGCCCAGGCCAUCCCACGCACAUGUCCUGGGUGCGGCGUGUCCGCGGUGUUCGGGGGAAAGCGAUGUUCCGUGACAAUUGUCACAUGGGAGCAGCCUGUGAUCGCGGAAAUACCUGUGGGCUGGUGCACAACGUGCAAGCAGGGCUGCAACUUGCUGCCGGUUCAGGCGGACUGCGUCUCCGACUCGAACAGCGGGUGGGACCUCGACCGCGCUCACUCUGGCAAGAACGUUCUCUGGUGGCACCAGUCCGUGCUGCAGAUGUAUGACAUCCUGUCAUUCAGGACCAGACAUCUCAGCGCAGACGCGUUUUGUGACGCUAUGAUGAACAGCUGGGAGCGCAAUGGGAUCUCCCGUCCAAGCUCUGUGUCGGCGACAACCCUGCACGCUAACGUACUGCCGGGCGUUUGAGUGCUGUCUCUGGGGUAUUGGUGACACUGGUGACGGGAAAGCGGGCUGCAAGCAUAGGCAGCUGGCCUGCACACUAAUGUACUGCCGGGCGUGUGAGUGCUGUCUCUGGGGUAUUGGUGACACUGAUGACGGGAAAGCGGGCUGUAAGCAUAGGCAGCUGGCCUGCAGACUGACAUACUGCCGGGCGUGUGGGUGAUGGGAUGUUUCUGACUCUGGCGGUGGUGGGACCCAACGCUCUUGGCGUGCUUCCUGGAAUGGUGGUACUGACAUCAAGCUGAAUCCUUUAUUGCAGCUACCGGUCAUACGUUAUACAGCGUACAGAAGUACGAUGACCUACUGAGCGUUCUCAUGCCGAGUGUGCCGAGCGUGCCGACAUGUCAUGUGCUGGACUGACCAAGUCUCUAGACACCAAACGUGCUGCCAGCAUAUCUAAUAUGAAAUCUAAUAGUA